AUGGACCUUGUUUUAAAUCAAAUUAAAAAUUUAAUAAAUAAUCAAGAUUUAAAUUCAUUGCCAUUGAAAUCAUCACCAACAUUAAUUCAACAUAUUCCUUCAAUACCUUAUAUACCUGAAUCAUUAAUCAAAUUUUGGUACAACAAAACAGAUAAACAAAAGCAUUAUUUUUUAUUACAACUAUUUAUAGCAUCAGUUUCAUUAUAUAUUUUAUUACCAUCUAUUCCCAUUUUUCAACUGAAUAAUAAAAUGUUCUCAAAACGUCCUGAUAAACAUACUACUGGUUUAAUUAAUUUAAGGAAUGACUGUUUUGCAAAUUCUUCAUUACAAGCAUAUUCUUCAUUACCUUCAUUAACUGAAUAUUUAAAUAGACUUAUUGUAAGUUAUCAUCAAUUAUCAGAUUUUAUAAACUCACAUCAUUUAGAUGUCGAUGAACUAACCAAAUUGAGAAUGGAACAUAAUAAAUCAUUACAAAAUUCAAAAUUUAAAUCAUCAAAUGCAAAAUUCACGAUACCAUUACAUAUAGCAAUGGCACAGAUGGUCAAAAAAUUACAAGAAACUCAAAUGACUACCAAAACUAUAUCUGUAUGGACUUUUUUACAUGAACUAGAAAAUAUCUUUCAAGCUAAAAUAUCAAGAAGUCAACAUGAUGCACAUGAAUUAACUCAAUUGAUUAAUGAAACUUUAGAAAAUGAAAAUUUAAAAUUAAAAAGCUUCCAUAAAUUUAUAACAAUGAAUUUACAUAAUAUAAUGCGUAAGGAAGAUCAACCAAAUCCACAAGAUUAUACGCAAUUAGAAAGAAUAUCCAUACCUGAAUUUCCAUUUGAUGGAUUAAUUUUAGGUCAAAUGACAUGUUUAAAAUGUCAUGGAGUAUCAAAACCAAAUUUCACACCAUUUGUAAUGUUAACUUUACCAACUCCAAUGAAACCACAAGCCAAUUUAGAAACGUUGUUGGAAGAUAAUGAAAGUGAAACUAUAGAGGGUUAUCAAUGUCUUAAAUGUAGAUUGGAAAAAAUAGUUGCAAAUGAAACCUUGAUAAAGCCACAAAGGAGAUUUGAAACACCUGAAGAAGAACAAUUUACUCAUCAAAUUUUUGACUUGUAUAAUAAUCCACAUUUAUGUAUAAAUGAAGACAUUCCAGAACCAUUAGAGAACUACAUCAAACACUAUAAUGUAAAUGGAAUUGAUAUUUCAAAAGUCACAUCAACUGUUGCAAAAAAAUCACAUAUUUUAAAACCACCAAAAAUUUUUGGAAUUCAUUUAUCAAGAUCAGCUUUUGAUGGUCAAACAGUCUCAAGAAAUUCAUGUCGUGUUACUUUUAAAGAUAGUAUGACAUUAUCAAUUGGAAAUGAAUAUCAUGAUAAAUUAAGAAAUUUUCAAUCAAUUAUUCAAAAUGAUGAAGAAAAAUUAAUAAAACAAUUAAGUUCAAAAGUUUUAACUACUGAUGAAAAUGAUAUGGAAGAUGAAGAUGUUCAAAGAGAUGACUAUUUGGAAAAGGGAUUAUCGGAUGAAGAAUUGGAAGAUGAAGGUGAUUUAACUGAUGAUGGUGGAAUCACUGAGAAUGGUACUGUAACAGAAGAUGAUGACGAAGAAGAAGAAGAAGACGACGAUGAUGAUGUAUCAUCAAGAACAACAAUCGAAUCAACCCCACAAACAAUUACAACAUCAACAACAAUAAGACCACCAAAUAGUGCAUCAUCAGAUAUGGAAAAAACUCCUAGUAUAAUAAAAGCUCCAAUAACAGAUCAACAAACUGAAAAUUUAAAAGAACAUUUCAAAAAAUUUAAAUUCAAUGAAAAUGAUUUAUAUAAAUAUAGAUUAAAAGCUAUUAUAAGACAUAUGGGAUCUCAUACUCAGGGACAUUAUGAAUGUUAUAAACAUAAACCACUUUAUGUGAAAAAUAAAGAUGGAAACAUCUUCAAAUUAUCACCUGAAAUUAUGGAUUUAUCUGGUGAUGUCCAUUAUGAUGUUGCACCAGUUGAAAGUGAAGGAGCAGAAGAUUCAGCUCAUGAUUCAACCACAAAGAAAAAUUCAAGAUUUUCAUUACGUUCAGGUAGUAAUGCAUCAGAUCCAGAAGAUGGUAUACGUCAUAAAUUUUCUUCAUUAAUGGGUAGAAGACCAUCAGUUAUUCAAGCCAAUCCAAAAAAUGUCGAAGAAAUUAUACAAUCAGGAUUACAAACACCAGCAGAAAUUUUAGUUGAUGAUCCAUUGAAGAAUAAUUUUGAUAAUGCAUUUGCUCAAGCAAAUUUCAAAUCAUCAUUUCAAGAUUCAUCACAACAAAAUGGACACAACCACAAUCAAACGAACAACAGCAACUACAAUAACACCGCACCAGAGAAGAAAGUUAAAAUGAAAAAAAUUCAAUCAAUAAUUACAAAUCCAUAUUGGAGAAUAAAUGAUGCGAAUAUAAAUGAAGUUUCAACAAAUACAGUAUUAGCUGAAGAAACUACUGUUUAUAUGUUAUAUUAUGAAAGAGUUGAUAGAAAACAAAUUAAAAGAUCUCAAAGAAAUUAG